AUGUGUACUAUAAAGCUUCUGCUCUUCACGUUAAUUUCAUUGACAGAAGGCUCCAUAAAUCCGAAGAGCAACGAAGAAUUCUCCAGAAGUUCCGUCCAGUCUCCUGGUUUGCCGUAUCUCAAUAGCUCCAACGCAGAGUGCCCUGGACAUUGCGAAUCUGGAUGGACAUAUUUUAGCGAAACAGAUGCGUGCUAUAAGACUUUCCACUGGGAGACCUUCUACAGCGCCGAGAGCCGUUGUAGGAAUUUCGGAGCACAUCUGGCCUCAAUCCACAAUGCUGAUGAGAAUCACUUUGUUGCUGACUUGACAGACACGGCAAUUGAGUGGCAUUAUGAGAACACUGAUGCGCAUGUACAUGGAUCAACUUGGAUAGGUCUAAGAUGGGCUGACUACUCAAACAGCGAAGAUUGGCUUUGGACAGACGGAACAAAAGCUGAAUUCCUAGCGUGGGCUCCGAAUGAACCUAGCGGAGGAAAUGAACGCUGCGUGGAGCUACUCAGUGAUCGUAUGGUAGAACCAGAACGCGCCUUAUGGUACCAUAAAUGGAAUGACAUGCCUUGCUCUGAUAAAAUAAGAUCAUAUGUGUGUAAGAAACCGGCUUUGCACUAAGUGGUGUCUAUUUACUUGGAUCUGACUGUUGUGAUUGACACUUUUGACAACACUGAAUGCCAAUAAAUCUUCUGCUUUGAAAAA